CGCGCUUGCAGGGGCUCUUUCAGCGUUCCGUUGGUGAUAGUUUCCUUGCUAAAAUACCUCGUUUACCCUUCUCUGCUCUUUCCUCCCUUUCCCGUUGCUCUUUAUCAUUCACUGUUGUUGUUUUGAGCCCCGACGAUCAGCUGGGCUGCGGGCCUCCGCCCACACGCCCGCCGGCUUCUCCCCGGCUCGCCGGCCGUUUUCCCUUGUAUUGCCUGCGCUUUACAGCAUUUGUUGCUCGUGAAAAGCCCAGCUUGUUUUUUACUUACGGUGUUUGUGGGUGGUGACGUUCCUGGUUGUUAUAUUCCCUUGGUUAUAUAUAUAAAAUUUGAUUCCGUUUGUUCUGGCCCCCCCUUUUCUUCCGGUUUGUCUUUAAAUUGUUAAAGUUGCUUGUGUUUGGGUGCUUUGUUAGUUAGUUUCAGUGAUCUUUGGUUCUUAGAUAAAUAUAUAUUUUGAUUGUUUAUAUAUAUAUUUUUAUUUAUUUGCUAUUGUAUUAUAUUUGAAGGCAGUUUUGGUAUAUUAAUACCCUUUAAUUCAUAGCUUCCACCACCCUUUUUGUUUCCCUUCCCUUACUUUUCCUUUAAUCCCCCCCUUUUUCAUUUUCUGGGCAUUUAAAGUGGUGUGUUGAUCCUCUGGAUUUCUUGUGCAGUUACUUAAUUAUAUUUAUAGCAUAAUAUUGCAUAAAUUCAUAAUUAUAGCUUAGGUAAUUUAUUCUUAAGGUAUAUUGUUAGUUAAAACUCAUUUAAAAGUUGUUGUUUGUUCAUUUUAUUGAGUUUAAUAAAUACCCUUUAUCAAACACCCCCUCCCACUUCCCUUUCCCUUAAAUCCUCCACCCCCCCUUAAUUCCAGCUUAUAAUACUUACCUGAAAAUAAAAAUAAAUAAAUAAUAAUUAAUACGUGUAAUAAUAAUAAUAGGUUAAGUUAAUUGGUGGAUUGUAGUUAUAUUGCACUGUACGUGCACUGUUUAAAAAAAAAGAGUUGGUAAAUUCAUAAUUAGGUCACACUUGCAUUUGGUAUGUUGUAUAAUUGUUGUUAUUUGGUCUUUACAAAUAUGCCACCCAAGAAAGCUCAGCAGAAAAAAGGGGUGCGUGUUGUGAAGCAGACUACAAAGCACCCGCCAAUUCAGCAGGACAUGUCUUAUGAUGAUGAUGAGGAUUUGGGGACCAUCCGUGCGUUGGUAGCUAGAGUUGAGGCGCUGGAAAAGGAACGCAGGCAGCCGCUGGACGCUGAUGCGGGUACAAGUACCGCUCCAGCAGGUAAGAAAUCUGCACGGUUGGCUUCUAAAGUGCCUAAAAAUCGUAUUCUUGCUGAUUUGGUUUCCAGGAUUGGUGUUCUUGAAGCUGCAGUACCCAUUGAAGAGCCCUUAGCAGCUGGAUCGCCAGCUGCUUUGCCUGCGGUCCCAGAUACCAUCUCUUCUCCUGCGGUUCCAGUCAUACCUGCUGCUGGGCCUCUUCAAGCACCACUGCCGUUUUCGCCACCGGCGGCCACAGCUCUGCCUGCGGGAGCUUCGGGGUUUGUCGCACCCCCAGUGGUUGCCUCUCCGGCUGCUUAUGCAGGUUUGUUGAGCCUUUCAGUCCCCGUGAGGAUCGUACUGUGUGGCCACUCUAUCUUGUUUUGGGCGCACCGGGGUGCCUCUUCGUCGAUACCUGGAACACAGCUGCAGCUUUCGGCCGUAGCUACGGUUCGAUGGGAAGCCUGGAGGGGCAUGUUAUGGGAUGCGCUGUUGCCAUCAGUUUGCCGGAUUAUGUCUUCGGCAGAUCGGCCUCAUGUAUUGUUGAUUCAUUUGGGGGAAAAUGACUUGGUGCAGCGUCCAGGGAUGGACCUGUUUAUCAAGGUCACUCGAGAUCUCACGUGGCUUAUUAGUUCAUUUCCCAACCUCCUACUGGUUUGGUCGGAUAUGUUAGUUAGGAGGGUGUGGAGGGGUGCUUUUCAUCCUAAUAGGAUCGACAGAUCCAGGAAAUGGGUGAAUAGGAAUGUCAGGGCUCUGGUCUUAUCUCUUGGAGGGGCAUAUAUUCCUCAUGAUAGGAUUAGGUUCCAUGUCCCACAAUUGUUUCGGGAUGAUGGCGUCCAUCUUUCCGAACAGGGUGUGAUUUGUUUUUAGAGGAUUUGAUGCUGGGAUUAAGGGGUUUGUUAAAUUCUUUGGGUUGAGUGGACCAAGCUUUAGCUGAUCCACUCUUGUGGCAUAGAAUUCGGGCAGGUGAGGUGUUCGGGGGAUAAAUUGAGGUGUUUAAGGCAUUCUCGAAAAGGGGCACUGCUUAGGGAACCAUCAGAGCUUCAUGUCUGGGGGGGAUCUGGGUAGUGUCCUUGUGGAACCGGCUUGCGCAUCAUGGUGAAUGCUUGUACGGCGGGGCCAUGGUGUGGAGGUUGGAACCACAUAACUGGCUCUAAGAGCAAGGAGGGAGGAAUGCACCCAUGUUCUUGACUCUGGAGUUACAGACUGAGGAGAGUUGUUGCCUUUAGAAGGUGAGGGUAUAAUCCCUCAUAGUUAGGCAUAGCCUCACCUGCCCGAAGUAUUUUAAUCUGAUAAUUGGCUGUAUUGCAUUUGAUCUAGUAUGUUAUAUUUAAUAAAUAUAACAUUAUUCCAGUCUUGUGUCACGAGUCUUCCUUGGUGUGGGGGCAAUAGCGUUCCUGUAAAGGGGCGUAUUUUGCCUUCACCCCAAUUAGGGAAGACGCGGGAAGGUUCUCGAAGUUAAGGCGUGCCGCCAUGUGAGAUCGCUCAUCCAAUCUGGAGGGGUGUGGAGCAGUGGAUAUAAAGCUGCUCCUUCCCUCACGCGCUCGCCUUUUUGCCUUGCGGCACCCACCCUCCCUCCCUUGUCAGUAUGAGCUUUGCUGGUCGCCAAAAUGGGGCUGAGUAGGAAUUUUUUGGGGGGGAUCCUGAUUUCAGAAUCCCUUUGGUUUUGCCUACUCCAUACUGCUUGGGUUCAAUUUGAUUGGCUUAUCGGGUUGGGUGCGGUGUGUCUGCUUUGGCUGGCAUAGAAUUCGGGCAGGUGAGGUAUUCGGGGGAUAAAUUGAGGUGUUUAAGGCAUUCUCGAAAAGGGGCACUGCUUAGGGAACCAUCAGAGCUUCAUGUCUGGGGGGGAUCUGGGUAGUGUCCUUGUGGAACCGGCUUGCGCAUCAUGGUGAACGCUUGUACGGCGGGGCCAUGGUGUGGAGGUUGGAACCACAUAACUGGCUCUAAGAGCAAGGAGGGAGGAAUGCACCCAUGUCCUUGACUCUGGAGUUACAGACUGAGGAGAGUUGUUGCCUUUAGAAGGUGAGGGUAUAAUCCCUCAUAGUUAGGCAUAGCCUCACCUGCCCGAAGUAUUUUAAUCUGAUAAUUGGCUGUAUUGCAUU